AUGCCUGGAAUACUCGAAAAACUCCCCGUGCCUACGAUCGAUCGGCCCUUUGGAAUCUCGCUAUGGCCCCAGUUCAGCCGAGCCUUCGAGGCCGUCGUCGGAUACCCUGCCGAUGACUUCAAGUUCGUGCCGUUCGACACGCCCAUGUCAACGCUCAAGUCAACCUCCAUCUUCAUCGUCGUGUACUACAUCAUCAUCUUCGGUGGUCGAGAGUUCAUGCGCAACCGUGAGCCGUUCAAGCUCAAGUCGCUCUUCCUCAUUCACAACUUCUACCUCACCGCCAUCAGCGGCAUCCUCCUGGCCCUGUUUGUCGAGCAGCUUGUCCCCGAGCUGUACCACAAUGGCGUCUUCCACGCCAUUUGUCACCGUGACGGCGGUUGGACCCAACGUAUGGUAGUUUUGUACUACCUCAACUACCUGACAAAGUACCUGGAGCUGUUGGAUACCGUCUUCCUCUUCCUCAAGAAGAAGCCUUUGACCUUCCUCCACUGUUACCACCAUGGAGCCACUGCUCUUCUUUGCUACACUCAGUUGAUUGGCUCUACCUCGGUGUCGUGGGUCCCGAUUACCCUCAACUUGACCGUCCACGUUGUCAUGUACUGGUACUACUUCCAGAGUGCCCGCGGCAUCCGUAUCUGGUGGAAGGAAUGGGUCACUCGUCUGCAAAUCAUUCAGUUCAUCAUUGAUCUCGGGUUUGUCUACUUCGCCUCGUACACGUACUUCACCUCGACCUAUUUCCCCUGGUUGCCAAAUGCCGGAAACUGUGCUGGCGAGGAGUUUGCUGCCUUUGCUGGAAUUGCUAUUCUCAGCUCGUACCUGGUCCUCUUCAUCUCUUUCUACUUUGCGACUUACAAGAAGGGCGGCAAGAGCACCACCCGCAAGUCCCUACGCCGCAUGUCCCAGGCUCCUCUCCCCGAUCCUCUUCACAUCCAAGCUGCCGACGCUGCCAACCUUCACAACGGCGCUACGGCAACUGGAGCAAAGACCAACGGUGCCACCACUCGCUCUCGCAAGGCUUAA